AUGAUGCUGAAAAGUGACGACGGGCUUGAAAGACCAAUGAACCGCAGGAGAACGCCUCGUUGCGCCUUUCGCUCACAGAGGAACCAGGAGCAAUGUCAAGGCCAAGACGGAGCACAGCUGGAAAUGGAGGAUGAGAGACAUGAGCAGCAGAAGGACACAGUGCCAAGAGGGACCUGCCAGACCAUGUGCCCUGUUCAUGAGCUGCGGAUCCGUGAGACACAGAACCGCCUCCACUGUUUCGAGAUGUUAGCAGGCACAGAAAAAGAUCGACUGCCCAAGGGAGAUCCCUUGCGUGCUGUCAAGGAGUAUUCCAGACCAGCGGCUGGGAAAGACUCUACAAACCCUGCUGACCUCCGCCCACCUGCGGUGUUGCUGAAAACUGUUUGUUACCUUAUUGAUGACAUCGCUGCCUCCCCUAAUCUGCGCCCUUGGACUGAGGUGUACAGCUUUGUUUUUGAUCGGCUGCGUGGUGUGAAGCAGGACAUGAUCAUCCAGAGGGUGUCUGGGUUGGACUGUGUGUCCAUUUUAGAGCGGACAGUACGUUUCCUCAUCUAUGCCUCUUACCGUCUUUGUGGCGAGCCCCUGGGACUCUACGACCCAUGCAUUAAUAACACACACCUACAGGAGAAUCUAAGCUGGCUGCUGGAUAGCUAUGCAACUGGAACAGAACCACAUCCCAACCAGGAAGAGUUUCAAGCUCUUGGUCUCCUGUACAACUUGGGUUCAACUCGUGCCACACAGCACAUCAUGGAGCUCCCUGAGCGGCUCCGCAGCGCUCCUUCCAUCAAGCUGGCUCUGUCUGUCAACCAGGCUUUUCUGGAGCGAAACCCUGCGCGUAUGCUCCGUCUGGCUCAGAGGUUGAACUUUCUGCAGUGUUGUGCACUCCACCGGCACCUGGUGACGUGUCGUAGAGAUCUGCUGCUAAUAUUUAGCCACGGAUACAGCAGCCGCAACUGUCGCUUUCCCCUUGACAAACUGGCUCAGCUCUUGUACUUAGACACAUCACUUGCAGCCCAACUCUGCCAGGUUUAUGGACUGGAGGUAAACCAGGGUAACCAGGUGGUUUUCUCUAAGGCUGCUUUCACGGAGCCUGAACAAGGAAAACUGCACUGCAAACUGUAUCACAACAUAGUGGCUGAGAAACAGAAAGACUUUACUGUUGCUGGUAUCAUUCAUGGUUACACUUUAGACUCCAACAUUUGUAAUGCAAGUAAUAUUUUAAAGAAAAAUUGACUGUUAACUCCCAUCAAUCCACAGGGAAGUCAUAGUGCAACUGGCAGGGAUUGAAAAACUUCAGCUGUGCAGCUGUUUUGUGAGUAGUUAGUAGUUUUGUUAAGUAGUUUCAUGGUCAGGGUUGUUGUUGAGCUAAGGGUUUGCCAUUCUCUAACUGAGUGGGGAUGUAAUUCAAGAAAAAAAGUUCCCUCUCAGCUCUGGAUGUGUUUUUUCAUGUUCAUCAUCCACUCUGUGUCUGAAUUACUUUAAAAUGUGAAUAUUUUGUAUAUUGUUACUGUUUAAAUGUUAUUUUAAUGCCAUAUUGUAUUAAUUCUCAAAAAUGCAGUACCUCAGAAACAUUUCAAUAAACUGUUAUCUAAA